AUGAGUAAUUCUGUAUUAUGUCUUCAACUAUAUGAUAAGAAUAGAUCAAAAUUCAUUUAUAUAAAUCAAUUUUCUAAUCAAUUUAAUAAUCCAAAUAAAUUCCUUAGUUAUAUCAAAACUUUAAAAUUAUUAAUCUUACAAUUACAUUUGAAAACUAAUAAGACAACCAUUAGAGAUAUUUAUUAUAAAGAUGUUGAACUAUAUAAUAAGAAUCAAUUGAAUUGUAAAGCUAUAUUGGUUCAAAUGGUUGAAACUUCAUUAAAUUGGAGUUUAACUAAUGAUUUAUUGAUAUUCCCUAGUCAGAAAGGUUUAGUAUAUGGUAAUGGGAUUAUAAUCAAUCAAAAUAUUGAGUUGAGUUAUAAGUUAGAUCCUAUUUUGAUCCCUAUAGCUUAUAAUGAUAUUGAUUUUAUGAACAAAUAUGAUAAUCAGAAUAGUAUAGUUGUCAUCAUAGUCAUUGAAAAGGAAGCUAUUUUCAAAUCAUUUUGUAAUUAUAUGAAAUUAAAUGAAAAAUAUCAGGAUUAUUAUGAAAAUAUGGGAAUUAAAUUAAUUGUUAUAACUGGUAAAGGAUUUCCUGAUAAUUUAACUAAAACAUUUUAUAAUUAUUUGCUGAAUAGUUGUCUAAAAUGUACUUGUUUAAAAUUGGCAUUUGUUGAUUCUGAUAUCUAUGGUAUAAAUAUAAUGAAACAAUAUGAUAAUAAUCCAAAUUCAUUAUAUCAUGCUGGUGUUUAUUUAUUAGAUUAUGAUCAAGGAUGGUUAAAUAUCUCUAUACGAGACUUUAAAUUAAUUCAGAAUUUUCUAAUUAAAAAUCCUUAUAGUGAUUGUCAUAGAGAAUUAACUAGAGGAAUGUUAAUGUUUAAGAAAUGUGAAAUGAACUUAUUAAACAAUGAUGUAAUCAAUGGCUAUAUCUUGAAUAAGAUUGAUUAUUAUUAUAUCAAUAAGAUCAAGAUGGAUAGGAAAUAA